UGCGAGAUGGCUGUGAAGAAGCGGCUGAAUAUUAAGAUUGUGCUCCCGCAUUGGUUCAAUGACUGUUUGAAGGUGGGCUGGCGAGUGAAGGAGCGACCAUACUUACUACCCGACCCUGAAAUCAUGAACGUGGAAGCCGGGGCCAUGCCACCUACUACGACGAGCCCGGGUAUCAAAGAUGCGACGAACCCUGAACCAGCCGGCCCUCCGGCAUCGCCUACUCCCGCACACCGAGCGCAACCACGCGCGAUCAGGGCCUUCGAUGGCAGGAAAGUCAUGCUCGGCGAAGACCUGAAUCUUAAUAGGGAUUUGAAAGAGGUUCUUACGGGAAUGAUCAAGGCAGGCGGAGGCACUAUGACCAACAACAUUCAACAAGCGAACAUCUACGUGUGCAACUACCGCAAGGGCGAUGAUUAUGUCAAGGCUUCACAAAAUAACAAAGACGUGGGUAACUUGAGCUGGCUGUACUUCAUGAUUACCCAUGAUAAGUGGACAAACCCAAUGCGUCGGAUGAUGCAUUAUCCGCGACCGCCACCGCCUGGGAUCGGAAACUUCCAAGACUACAAGAUCAGUAUCUCGAGCUACACAGGAGAAGCACGCGUCUAUCUCGAGAACCUGAUCAAAGCGCUCGGCGCAGAAUUUACGAGAACGUUCAAGCAAGAUAAUACGCAUCUAAUCACAGCACACAGGAAUAGCGAAAAGUGCGAAGCAGCGGAAGAGUGGGGUGUCAACAUCGUCAACCAUCUUUGGCUGGAAGACAGCUAUGCGGAGUGCAAAGAGAAGAGCCUUACGAGCGAACGUUACACGUACUUUCCCCCGCGCAUGAACAUGGGAGAGAUACUUGGUGCCACAGAGAUCAAUCGGGACGCCGUGAGGAAGAUGUUUUUUGCAAAGAGCAAAAAGAAGGAAGCAGAAGCCUUGUCAAACACAACUGCGGGCGGCAGUCGAUCACAUACCGAUGGCGAGGCACACACUCCCCUGGCUGCGAAGGCUUCUCGGCGAACGAAGACGGCUGACGACGUGGCAACGCCCGCUCGAAGUCGCCUUGACGGAAAGGAGAACGAGACACCAGGCACCACAGGUAGUCGCGGAGCCAAAGACCGAGCUUUGUCAAAUCUCCACAAUGUUAUGGAAGAUGUCAAUCAAUACCAGAAGGAGGCAAAACGGAAAGGAGGAGUGGUUCACGGCGGCCGACGGCGGAAGGAAGAUGAGAUCGUAGACAAAGAAACGCGGAAAGGUGGUCGAGACUCAAUCGCAAGCAAGCGCUCCAUCGAGGAAGUCGAAGCGGACGAUGCCAGUACGGAAGACGAAACGGAGCAAACUGCACAGAAGAGCAAGAAGGCCCGCAAAGGACCAAUGACCCAGAUUAAACAUCGCAUGCUCGUCUCGGGCGACAAGCGAUGGCAAGGUGACGGCGACAAGGAAUCGAAGGAUAAGGCGCGCCUCCGCGAGCUCGGCCUUUACAUUCUGGAUGAGCCAAAACGAGUUGACUUCCUCUGCGCGCCGAAGGUUGUGCGUACCCUCAAGUUUGUUGCGGCACUUGCGGAUGGUCCUCAGCUUGUUGGUAGCGAAUAUCUUGACUACGCUAUCAAGCACAACAAGUUGCCUGAUGCAAAGAAGUAUCCACUCGACUACAGUGAAUUCAGGAAGCAACAUGACAUCGACCUUUCGGACGCUAUCACCCGCGCAAAACAAAACAAACAUCGGCUUCUGAAGGACUUCACAAUCUUUUGCACACAGAAGGCGAAGUUCGACGUCUACAAGGAUAUCGUCGCCGCGAAUGGGGGCAAAUGUCUGAAAUGGGACAAUCGUACGACAGCCGUCACAGCGUCAAAGCGCAAGAUCGAUUCACAACCCAAAGAAGUCUCGCAGAACCUGGAAGAGGAUGAAGGUGAUGUUUUGUAUCUCAUCUCGGAACCCCACAAGGACGAGCUCAAGCUAUGGACCAAGUUUCGGGAGCUAGCAGAAAAACACGAUAUGGUGCCACGCAUUGUUUCAAAUGAGUGGCUACUCGGCGUUGCCAUGGCGCAGAAGAUCCACUGGAAGCCGGAAUGGGAGCUCAAGGAGGAAGACAUCAAAGGUGCGGCAAAGAAGUAGGAUUCCGUGGAAUUUUGGCUGGCGGUGGUGGCCUCUCCUUGACUUUUUAUGACAUGAUGAUUGGACCAAGCGUCCGGCGUUGAUACAUGGGCCUAUAGACGCCACUGAUUCCCAACAUGUUUGCUGGGCGACACACUUGCACCGUCUGUAUCGGCGUACUGCCAUAUGCAUCUCACCGUAAUGAUCCGUGUCCAUGUAAGGGUAUUUUUCGCGGGUCGGUUUCGGCUUGCUAUCUUUGGGAUUGAAGGGCUUACUGUACAGCAUUAGCGAGAGUUCGUAUUGUUCAAUGCAUAAUUUGAUACCUUUGAAGUAGCUCUUUUCAAGUGUGCAUCGACCAGUUC